UCUGGUGCAGACACCGGAGUCAGCGAGGCAUGUGUUUGGACACCGGCGUUUAGAUUAAAUAAAAAAGACACUUACAGAAACCAAACACCUGAGCGUUUUCUUUUCCCGCCGGCUGUUAUUUGCCAACGGCCGCUUGUCGCGCCAUCAGUUGUUUGAAUUGCCACCUCACGCAGGAUUGCGGCGCCCUGCUCUUCGUAAACAUUCGUGAAUGGAAAGCAGUUGCAGAGCAGACAUACAUCUUGUCAAACGUUUCUCGAAUCCUCUGCAGUUUUGUGAUUGAUUAGCUGGAUCGUCUUGCAGCCUAUGAGGGAAGAUGGAGACCUUCUUCGCAGAGGGUUCUCGAGUGUGGGUGAAUCAUAAAGAUCAGCUGGUCCCGUCUACAGUGAACUCCUGUGGAGAUGGAACCCUGGUGCUUACCACCAACUACGGGGAGGCAGUGUACCUGCAGCAGGCGGAGGUGAACAGGGAGAAGGUGUCCCCCAUGCACCAGAGCAGCAUUGAUGGAGUGGAGGACAUGUCCACACUGGCAGAGCUCCAUGAGGCCGCCAUCAUGCACAACCUUCAUCAGCGAUACCAGAAAGACAACAUCUAUACUAACAUAGGUUCUAUCCUGGCAGCCGUGAAUCCUUAUAAGCAGAUCAGAGGGCUGUAUGAUCUCUCUGCAGUGGAGCUGUACAGUCAGCAUCAUUUGGGCGAGCUGCCACCACACAUCUUUGCUAUUGUCAAUGAGUGCUACCGCUGCUUAUGGAAGAGACAUGAUAGCCAAUGUGUGCUGAUCAGUGGUGAAAGUGGAGCUGGGAAAACAGAGAGCACCAAACUACUGCUACAGUUCCUGUCUGUAAUGAGCCAAAACUCUGCCGGGACGCCGCCUACAGAGAAGACCACCCGCGUGGAGCAAGCUAUCGUACAGAGCAGCCCCAUCAUGGAAGCAUUUGGAAAUGCCAAAACAGUCUACAACAACAACUCCAGUCGCUUUGGGAAAUUCAUUCAGCUUCAUUUCUCUCAAAGCGGGAACAUCCAGGGAGGAUGCAUCGUUGAUUAUUUACUUGAAAAGAAUCGAGUGGUAAGGCAGAAUCCAGGGGAGAGAAACUACCACAUCUUUUAUGCUUUGCUGGCGGGGGCCAGCAAAGGCCAAAAGGAGACAUAUUUUCUGGAAGACUCCCCUGAGUUAUUUCACUACCUGAGUCAGUCAGGAUGUGUGAAGGACCGCAGUCUCGAUGACAAGCAGCUUUUUGACGAUGUCAUGGAGGCUCUGAAGGUCAUGGAGUUCACAGAAGAAGAGAUCAGAGAUAUGUUUAAACUGCUGUCUGGAGUUCUGCAGCUUGGCAAUGUGGAGUUCAUGACAGCAGGGGGCGCUCAGAUCACCACCCAACAGGUUAUCACUAAUGUGAGUGAGCUCAUGGGUCUGGACAGUUUUCAGUUGUCUGAGGUUCUGACCCAGCGUUCCAUGAUCCUCAGAGGAGAAGAGAUCUGCUCUCCACUCACAGUGGAACAGGCAAUAGAUUCCAGGGAUUCGGUUGCCAUGGCGCUUUAUUCUCAGUGCUUCUCGUGGAUCAUCAUGCGAAUCAAUCAGAAGAUAAAGGGCAAAGAUAAUUUCAAGUCUAUUGGAAUCUUGGACAUCUUUGGUUUUGAGAACUUUGAGGUGAACCGUUUUGAGCAGUUCAACAUUAACUAUGCUAAUGAGAAACUGCAAGAAUAUUUCAACAAACACAUCUUCUCUCUGGAGCAACUGGAGUACAACAGGGAAGGGAUUCAAUGGGAAGCCAUUGACUGGAUGGACAAUGCAGAAUGUCUGGAUCUGAUUGAGAAGAAACUGGGCAUGUUAGCUCUGAUUAAUGAGGAGAGCCGAUUUCCCAAAGGCACUGACUUCACCCUGCUGGAGAAACUGCACGGCAGACACUCUACUAAUCCCUAUUAUGUGAAACCCAGACUGGCAGACCAUCAGUUUGGGAUAAAACACUAUGCUGGAGAGGUCUUAUAUGAUGUGAGGGGGAUUUUAGAGAAGAACAGAGACACAUUUAGAGAUGAUAUACUGAACAUGCUGAAGGAUAGUAGAUUGGAUUUCAUCUAUGACCUGUUUGAGCAAGUGAGCAGCAGAAAUAAUGAGGAGACCUUGAAGAUGGGCACAGCAAGAAAAAAGCCCACUGUCAGCUCACAGUUCAGAGACUCUCUUCAUGCCCUAAUGGCCACUCUCAGUGUAUCCAACCCCUUUUUUGUGCGUUGCAUCAAACCCAACAUGGACAAGACCCCAAACAAGUUCGUCCCAGAUGUGGUUCUCAAUCAGUUGCGGUACUCUGGCAUGUUGGAGACGGUGAAGAUUCGCAGAGCUGGAUUCCCUGUCCGACGCACCUUUAAAGACUUCUUCAGCAGGUAUAAGAUCAUUCUGAAGGAGAAGGAAAAGGCAGCUGUGGCUUCAAAUGGAGAUGAGAAAAAGAAGAGCACAGAUUUGCUCACACUCCACGACAGGACCAAAAAGGAGUGGCAGAUUGGGAAGACCAAGGUGUUUCUGAAGGAACCUCUAGAACAGAAGCUGGAGAAGCAGAGAGAUGAAGUGCGAAGCAAAGCUGGACUGAUCAUACGAGCCUAUCUUCUGAGAUAUAUUGCAAGAAAGAACUUUAAGAAGGCUCUGGACAGCAUUCUGACCAUCCAGAAGAAUUACCGCGCACAUUUCUAUCGACGUCAGUUUCAACGGAAAUGCUCAGCUGCACUUGUUCUCCAGAAACACAGGCGAGGGCAAGUGGCAAGAGGAGUCUGCCACAAACUACGAGAAGAGAAGAGGAAGAAAGAGGAGGAGGAAAGGAAUAAGAAAGAAGGGGAGGAGAAGAAAACAGGAGACCAUGAAAAGAAAAAUGAAGAGGAAAAGGAAGGAGAGAAAGCAGGGUCUCCACACUCAUCUGAGGAGCACCGUCAGAUGGAGGAAAUUCUGCGUUUGGAGCAAGAGAUUGAGCGUCUGCAGAAGAAAAAGGAAGACGGUGUGUCUAUGCUAUGUGAGAGCUCAAGACAGGAACUCCGCUUGCGGCGUGAUGCUGAGGUCCUGCGUCAGAAAAAAGCUGCUUCUCGUGUCGCUACUGAAUUCCUUGACCUGCUUGACACUGGAGGCCCAGAAGUCAUUCCUGGUGAUGCUAAACAACCUGCCCCCAGACCGGCAGGUGCCACUGAGGAAGAGGUAGAUGAAGGCUUCCAUGCAGAGGAAGAGUGCAUACCACUUCCCGAGUUCCCUCCUCCAGUGGAAGGUCCAGUGGAUCAGGAGAUCUUAGGCACUCUACCACCUCCUCCUCCUGCCUUUGCAGAGGGCACGGUGGCCCCAUCUGCACCUAACGUUCCACCUGGGGCUCCUCCACCACCUCCUCCCCCUCUCCCUGGCGAAGGCAAAAAGGAAGUUGGAAAGCCUGAAGGGGCUAAAACAGUUGUGGAUGGGAAAAAGGAGGGAGAGGAUGUGGAUCGCACCAGCAGGCUGACUGCAGCAGAGUCUCUGCCAGACACAGAGGAACCCAUCUACAGUGUGCCUGGGGAUGGCGAGUCGGACUAUGACCAAGACGAUCUAGAGGACGGACAGAGCAGCAUUGCGGCGACAGACACAGAACAGGCACGCAAGUCCACCUGCACCAACGCAAGCCAGGAGUCUUACAACCGCAGCUCAGAUUCGUAUGCUGACAGCGAUGAUGAGCAUGAUGGGUACGUGGACACAGAUGAGGAGGUAUCCAAUGGUAAAGUCAACAUCUUGAAUGGGAACGGACCUCCGUAUUUCCACAGUUACCUUUACAUGAAGGUGCCCCCAUUCCUGUGCUCUGUUGUCCAGCCUGAGGAGAAAAAGUUUAAAGAGACAGGUUACUGGAACAUCAUAAUUCAUGGGCGUAAACAUUCAUACCGUCUGUACACCAAGUUGCUGAAUGAAGCCAUGCGCUGGGUGUCUGCCGUUCAGGGCGUCAUUGACAACAAGGCGCCCAUUGAAACGCCCACCCAGCAUCUCAUUAGGGACAUUAAGGAGAACAGUGUGAACUCUGAGGCUGUGGAACAAAUGUAUCGAAGAAACCCCAUUCUGAGAUAUACCCAGCAUCCCUUGCAUUCACCUCUUCUGCCACUACCAUACGGAGAGGUCAGCGAAAGCUUGCAAAAGGAGAAGGGUUAUGGAAGCCUGCAGGAUGAGGCUGUGAAGAUCUUUAACUCACUUCAGGAAAUGGAGAUAGUUUCAGACCCUGUCGCCAUCAUCCAGGGCAUCCUGCAGACCUGCCACGAUCUGCGGCCACUGAGAGACGAGGUGUACUGUCAGCUGAUCAAACAGACCAAUCACGUGCCCCAACCCAACAGCCCUGCAAACCGUGCACACUGGCACCUGCUCACCUGCAUGAGUUGCACCUUCUUGCCCAGUCGCGCCAUCCUGCGUUACCUCCGAUUCCACUUGAAGAGAGUUAGAGAGCGCUACCCUGGCACUGAGAUUGAGAAGUAUGCCCACUUCAUUAGUGAGUCCCUGAAGAAGACAAAGACCAGGGAGUAUGUGCCCUCUCAGGAGGAGAUCGCCGCCCUGCUGAACAGACAGGAAAUGACAACUACAGUGUACUGCCAUGGAGGAGGGUCUUGCAAGAUAUCCAUCAACUCACACACCACAGCUGGAGAGGUGGUUGAGAAGCUGAUUCGUGGUCUGGCAAUGGAAAAUAGCAGGAAUAUGUUCUCUUUGUUUGAGCACAAUAAGGUGGCGAGUCGGGCCAUAGAAAGUCGUGUAAUUGUGGCAGAUGUGCUCGCAAAGUUUGAGAGGUUGGCAGGUAGUGAAGAUGAGGAGGAGGAAGGGCCCUGGAGGCUAUAUUUCAAACUCUAUUGCUUUCUUGAUGUGGAAAGCAUGCCCAAAGAGGGAGUGGAAUUUGCCUUCAUGUUUGAGCAGGCUCAUGAGAGUCUCAUCAGUGGUCAUUUCCCAGCCCUUGAGGAAACCCUUCAGCACUUAGCAGCCCUGCGACUGCAGUACAUCCACGGUGACGUGGCCCGUACGCCCUGGAGCCUAAGCAGCGUCUACCCUGUUGGACGACUUCGCACCCGCAUACUCCAAUCCACUAAAGCAGGGGGUGCUGGAGUACCCGGCGCUGGUAUAGUAGGGCCAGGAGGUCACACUCUAGAACGCCGGAAGACCAACUUCCUAGACGGGACGCUGAGACGCAGCUUCAAGACGGGAUCGCUGAAGAAACAGCGUGUGGAGGAGGAACAGAUGUUGGAGAUGUUUGUAAAGGAGGAGAUGUCAGCCACACUGACCAGCGUGCUGGAGAAAUGGAGCCGUCUACAGGGCAUGCCUCAACACCAAGCCAUGCUCAGCUACAUGACCAUCAUCAAAGAGUGGCCGGGAUACGGGUCCACGCUGUUUGAUGUGGAGUGUAAGGAGGGCGGCUUCCCUCAUGAUCUGUGGCUGGGAGUCAGUGCUGAAAACGUCUCUGUGUACAAACGGGGUGAACCCAAACCACUCGAAACUUUCCAGUAUGAGCACAUCGUUUUCUUCGGAGCACCUCAGCCCAGCACAUACAAAAUCAUUGUUGAUGAAAGAGAGAUGUUCUUUGAGACGUCUCAGGUGGGUGAAAUCACUAAGAUCAUGAAGGCAUACAUCAACAUGAUCGUCAAAAAGCGCUGCAGUAUCAUGUCCAUCACCAGCAACAGCAGCGCCUGGAUGAGGUGAUCGACACCAACCAGCGCCCAAAGUGUCCAGGAACACAACGUGAUGAAAGUGAAGUAUACUACUGACCGUUCUUGAUUGGAGAAUGAGAGCAGAGAAGAAACAGAGACUUCACCCUUCCAACGAUUGAACUUAACCUACUGGAAUCCUCUGUAUACCUGUCCUAAAUACAACAGCACAUGUUUAUUUAGUAUUUAUCGGACCAGUUUCACCUUUACGAAGCACAACAAAGCCUGGUAACCUGCUCACCGUUCCCUCCCCUCACUGCCAGCACCCUGACUGAUGACCAAACUUAUUUAUUUCCUUGUCUCUUCUUCUCCAUUUCAUUCCCUUCUCUCUACCCUCAGUGAUGUUGUACCUAACCAACAACCACCUACGACUCCAUUUACCGGUAGUUUUACAGAGGUGUGUAUAUUGUGCUUGUGUGUGUGAGAUCAGAGUUUGUGCACACACACAUACAGAGCUAUUUUGUAAAGCCAUGAGAGAGCAGGAGGAGAAAGCUAUGCGUUAACAUUACCAUUCAUCUCAAUGGCAGCUGCUCGGCUGGCGCAGGACACCCCAGAAGUAUGCGGUUUGAAUUCUGCAACCUUUGCUCAUGGCCACUCAAUUUCACAUACAGGUUUUUUUUGAGCCAAUCACUUGAGCCAUAAAUGCCAUGUGACUUGAGCCGCAGGAAAAUGACAUCAUGGCAGCUCUGAUUGGCUGAUGGCACCAAAAGGAACAUGCAGCAUGAUAAAAAAUCUGCUAUGAUAUAAUGAAAUGUGUGCAAUGUAUAUGUUGCUUCCAAAAAAUUUGCCUUGUGCCCUCAAAAGUGUAGUGACAAAAUCUACCAGCAGAGGCCACCUGGAGUCAGUCAGCCAAUCAGAUCGCAGUAUAUCUGGGGCCGGCAGUAUGUGGAUAUCAGCAGCGACUGUCUACUCGUUUGUAAGUCUGUUCACACAUUAUCAAUGCAACAUCCUAUUUUGUAUUAAAUGCCAGAGUCUAUAAAUACAUAUGCUGAAGUGUUACAUUUGAUACUGUCUAAAUUAUUUGUAUUUACAGUAAUUACAACGUUUUCCUUUUUUUUUUUGUUAUUUUUGCCAGCGAUACAAAGCUUGUGUAAUUUUAACUGUACCAAGGCACAAAAGCAUACCCAUUUUGACCAGUUUGGUUUCAUAAGCACCUCUAUUCACUAUUACAGAGUUCGGAUAACGGUUAUGAAGUGUUAUGCAAGUAGAGCCAGGUCUGCCUGCCCAAAGCAAGCAAUGAAAAGUACUGUAUUAGGCAACAGCAGUCAAGAUUCAAUAAGCAUGUAUUUGUACUGUUUCAAUACGUAUAAGUAACAUUAAUUGUGAAACACUUACACUUAUUCUAUGAUUAAAGCACUUAAACUGUUUAGAGCCUGACAUUUGAUGCAAAAUUAUGGGCCCACAGUAUGUACAGUAAGGCUACAGAUCU